CAGAAGAACGAGCAUUACAUGAACCACAACUAUAUCAAUAUACUCUCCAUGCAAGAUGUUAUCAAAUGUGGUCGUAUUGGGUAAAUAUUUUGGACGCUGUUUGGCAAAGUGCAGUCAUCUUUUUCAUGGCUUAUCUUUCUUAUCAAAAUGAAUCUUUUAAUAAUGUAUCAUCGUUUGGUUUUUCGAUUAUAUUCAGUAUGAUUGUAACAUCUUUGAUACAUGUUGUUUUACAAACAUCUCGAAUUGAUUGGUCAUUGAUAAGUUCGACAGCAUUUAGUUUUCUUGUAUUUCUUGGUUUUACAUUGGUAUUCGAUGAUGUCUGUGUUGUAUGUAUUCCAGGUGAAAGUCCAUAUCAAGUAUCAUAUCAAGCACUUCGACAAGGUCGAUUUUGGUUUACAAAUUUAUUGACAAUUGUUACAGCAAUGCUACCUCGAUUUACUGUUAAAUGUAUUUAUAAUAUGAUGCGAAAUCCAUUAAAUUAA